AUGAAACACCGGUCUCAUGGAAAGUUUCAUCGUUCAUUGACUUGCAAAGCUAUAUUGUCGGAACUUGAUCAAUCCGGGUUGAAACCUUGUCAAAUAAAGAAGGUCGUAAAUACCAUGAAAGGUCCAUAUGAAAAUGAUGUUACAUCAAAACAGUGUUCUGACAUCUUAGCCGAUCAACGAAGACAAUACAAAGGUAAGGAGUUUUAUGGACUUAUUAAACAUUUCCAAGAUAAAUUACUAAAAGACCAAAACCUUUAUUUUGUUGUGGAUUUAUUUGAUGAUGGGUCUCCGAGAAAUAUUUUCUGGGCUGACGGGAGAUCUAGAGACUCGUAUAUAAAGUUUGGGGAUGUUGUUGUGUUUGAUGUCACAUACAUGACCAACAAAUUUAAGAUGCCAUUUGCUCCAUUUGUCGGGGUGAAUCAUCAUGGCCAGUCAAUACUUUUUGGUGGUGCAUUAUUAGAGAAUGAGAAGCAAGAUACUUUUGAAUGGUUAUUUCAGAACUUCUUAAAGUGCAUGUUUGACAAGUAUCCGUCCGCAAUAAUUACAGAUCAAGAUAAAGCUAUUUGCAAUGCAAUAAAAAUUGUUUUUCCAAAAACUCGACAUCGUUAUUGUUCAUGGCAUAUUAAGAAACAUGAGAUCGAACAUCUUCGACCUCUUAAAGUUCGUUAUAGUGACUUUGAAGAGUUACACAAGCAAUGGGUAAAGAGUAAUACGAUUGAAGAAUUUGAAACUCGUUGGGAAUUUUUAUGUGGAAAAUAUAAUUUUGAAACUGGCAGUUGGAUAACGGAGAUGUAUAAUCAACGAAAAUAUUGGGCUAAAGCCUUCUUGAAAGAUUGUUUUUUUGCUGGCAUGACAUCAAGCGGAAGAAGCGAAAGCAUUCAUUCUUUUUUUGAUGGAUAUGUAAACUCAAAGACCAUGUUGAAUGAGUUUGUAAGACAGUAUGAUAAAGCUGUUGAGACUCGAAGGGCUGCCGAAGAAGAUGAGGACUUCAAGACCAUGAAUUCCAAACCAAUUCUUUCUUCUGUUAAUUUGAUAGAGGCAAAAGCAAGUUCACGUUACACUAGGAAGCUCUUUGAUGUAUUCAAGAAGGAAUGGACCGAAGCUACAUUCAAUUUAACUCAUGAGAAAAUAAGCAAGAGUUCAGAAGAAAUCAGGCAGAUGAGUCAAGAGUAG